AUGCCUCUACCACUGCUAGCACGUCUCUCCAAGUCUGCCGUUUCCUUCUCGGCCCCACGCCUUGCAACUCGCGCAGCUUCCUCUUUCACCAAGCUGCGCGCAACCCCCUCACCUAUCUACUACGUGGCCGCCACCGGUGCCUUCACAUUGGCCCCGACUGCGCGCUCCGUGCCUCUGGGUGCCACAGAUGCGCCAGCUACUACUUUUAUUCCUGCACUUCCUGCUGGUGACGUUUCCGCAGAUGGCACCUCUGAUGGUGUUCCUGGCUUCACGGCUCCUGCUAGCGAGUAUACUGUCCCCCCACCCUCACAGUUUUAUGCAAACCCAACAUUCCUGAACUUGCUCAAAGAUACCCUUACCCACCACAUCCACGAAUGUCCCACUUAUAAUAGCCUGGCUGAGGGCGAACUGUUUAUCGGCGGCUCUACUCUUCAUAUUUAUGACCUGCGUGCACCCCCACCCUAUGGCCGUAUCCCGGAUGUCCAGGAUAUCAUUGGCACCGUGCGCAUCCAGGAACCUGUCCAUGGUGAAGGUAUCAACAAGUACGAGGUCCCACCAAUUGUUCCUGGUUCCUUUGAGCCCAAUGACAUGUACCGUGUACUGACGCGUAAUGGGUUUAUGACGCUCAGUGAGCUUCUGCAUAAGCGUCUCACCACUGCGGCCCAGACGCCCAUGUAUAGCGACGAAAUUUAA